UAAGAAUUUUACUUCAUUGUAAGCAGACGUGUUUUUCCCGUUAGAUGUGUUUUUAUAGCUUAAGCUUUAUCGUAUUUUGAGAUUCACUUUCCCAAAUUUUUAGCAAAAGUCUGUCAAUUUUACAACAUUUAAUAAUAUACAAAUACGGUACAACCUUUGAUAAUGUCUGUUAUUCGCGUGUUCACUCGUAACAUGGCCACUGCGGCCAAGAUUAAUAACGUGGUAGUUAUUGGUGGUGGUUUAAUGGGUUCCGGAAUUGCACAGGUUGCAGCAGCUACAGGCCACAACGUUACUUUGGUGGAAGUUUCUGAUCAACUAGUGAACAAGGCAGUAGCUGGAAUCAAAAAAAGCUUAGAGCGGGUGGCCAAAAAACAAUACAAAGACGAUGCUUCGAAAGGUCAAGAAUAUAUUGAGGGGACAUUAAGCAAAUUAAAGGGAUCCUCGAAGUUAGAAGAAUCGAUCGAAAAUACUGAUCUUGUUAUUGAAGCUAUAGUUGAAAAAAUUAAUAUCAAACAUGAGCUGUUUGGUAAAAUUGAUUCGAUUGCCCCGAAAAGUGCGAUUUUUGCCAGUAACACGUCAUCUUUAUCAAUUGGUGAAAUUGGGUCCAUCACGAAACGCGAAGAUCGAUUUGGAGGUCUACAUUUUUUUAAUCCAGUGCCCAUGAUGAAACUUCUUGAGGUUAUCCGUACUGAUAAAACAUCUGAAGAAACGUACCAACAGCUAAUGGAGUUUGGAAAACGAAUGGGUAAAACUUGCAUCACUUGCAAAGAUACUCCUGGUUUCGUAGUAAAUCGCCUGCUGGUACCUUAUAUGGCAGAAGCUGUUCGCCUUCUAGAGCGGGGCGAUGCGAGUGCCAGAGAUAUUGACACAGCGAUGAAACUGGGUGCUGGUUAUCCCAUGGGACCAUUGGAAUUAAGCGACUACGUUGGAUUGGAUACGACCAAUAAUAUUCUGCAAGGAUGGCAUAAACAAUUUCCAGAUAAUCCUUUGUUUACACCACCCAAGAUAUUGGAAAAACUAAUUGCUGAAGGCAAAUUUGGAAUCAAAACCGGCGAAGGUUUUUAUUCAUACAAGAAAUAAGUUUCGGUUGUUUUACAGUUUGAUUUACAAGAAUGAAAAAUAAAUUGCAUUUGAUUCAAGUUUA